CACCCUGUAAGUUUGCCCCAUUCGCCCUCAGAAUUCAGAAUUAGGGUAUUUUCGGGGGUCGUCAAUAUCGCGUUAAUCGGACGGGAAAAUGGGAGGUGGCAAUGGCCAAAAGGCUAAGAUGGCUCGCGAGAAGCACAUGGAGAAGCAGAAAGCUGCUGGCAAGGGGAGCCAAUUAGAAUCAAACAAGAAAGCCAUGAAUAUCCAGUGCAAGGUUUGCAUGCAGACUUUCAUGUGCACAACAUCGGAGGUGAAAUGCAGGGAACAUGCUGAAGCAAAGCAUCCUAAAUCCGAUGUUUCCGCCUGCUUCCCUCAUCUCAAAAAGUGAGUGGAAUUUCACAAAAUGCUAUAUCUAGAGGCAGUGGAUCAAUCUCUACUUUGUUACAAUUUGUAUGAUGCAUCUGUUUAUGCUUGUGUAUUUGAGAAAAACAUUGAUUGAUACUAUUGCCUCUUAUAUUAAAACCUGUUGAUGAUUGAAUAGAAAAACUGUGCAUUUUCAUGGGUGCUAA